AUGCGUCUGUUGCACACUCCACUGCGUCACACAAUCGCCCAGCGGUUCCAGGGCACGAAGACGUUCCACGGACGAGGUGUUCCCACCAUCGGAAUCAGGUUAAACUCUAGUUCCGAUCGGUUUUGCAAGAACUUGAUAAGACUGAGUGUCUGCUGCAAAAACAUUCGCUCUUCUCUGUUCCAAUAACCUUUUUUUGUGUUUCCAGACGAGAGACCGUGAAUGCGUGGGAACGGCGUGCUCCGCUGGCUCCGACGCACGUCAAACGGCUCACCAAGUCCGGCGUGAACGUGCUCAUUCAGCCGAGCAACCGUCGCGCCUACCCCAUCCAGGACUAUAUCUCGGCCGGCGCGAUCGUGCGUGAGGAUCUCAGCGAGGCGCACAUCAUCAUGUCCGUCAAAAGUGUUCCGAUCGAUCAGCUCAUUCCGAACAAGACGUACGCGUUCUUCUCGCACACCAUCAAGGCGCAGCAGGACAAUAUGGAGAUGUUGGACACUAUUUUGCAGAGGGUAGGUGCUAUAGUAAACAGCGAUUGGACCUAUUCAACGUGUUUUCCAGAACAUUCGUCUUCUGGACUACGAGAAGAUUGUGGACGACAAGGGAAAACGUCUGGUGAUGUUCGGAAAGUGGGCCGGAAACGCUGGAUUCAUAGACAUCCUGCACGGAAUCGGCCUCCGAUUGUUGGCUCUCGGCCACAACACGCCGUUCCUGCACAUGGGCCUCGCGCACAAUUACAACGACUCGCACAUGGCCAUCAACGCGCUCAGAGACAUCGGCUACGAGAUCGCACUCGACCGCAUGCCGCGCUCGCUUGGACCUUUGAUCUUUGUGUUCACCGGGUCGGGCAACGUGAGCCAGGGCGCCAGGGAGCUCUUCGAACAUUUGCCGCACGAGUACGUCGACGUGGCGACACUUCCGAAGGUGGCGCAGAAAGGACGUGAGUUCUAGAAGAAGAAGAAGAAGAAACGUGUUUGUUUUUCAGAACUGAACAAAGUGUACGGAUGCGUCGUCACUCGCAAAGAUCAUUUCGUUCCGAAGCACGGUGGGCCGUUCAACAAGCAAGAAUUUGAGCAGUUUCCCGACCGAUACACUUCCAAAUUCGCGACAGAGGUAUGACACACACACACACACACACACGGUCUUGAGGCGAUCAGUAGUGGAAUUUAAAGUAAGAGAGAGGCGAAUCGCGCGAUUAUAAAUCAACACGCGAUCAAAUCACUCGACCCUUUUCCUCGUGGCCAAUCUGUCUCGUUUCCAUGACCGUCUCUUGAUGAUGUGAUAUCUUUUCGAGUGACUGAUUGAUGGUUAAACAUAAGUGGAAUUGUCACGUGGCCAGACAGGCGCCAGCGCUCAAGCUGUGUACAACAAUAGAACUUGGAAUGUAAUGCAAAAUGGGGGGAAUUGAAUUGUGAACUUUUGACCUGCAAAAUGAUUUUGCAAAACGCCGCCACAAUUUUCCCCCGUGUUCAGAUCGCUCCAUACGCGUCGGUGAUCAUCAAUGGAGUGUACUGGGAUGCCCAAUCGCCACGACUCAUCACGAUUCCCGACGCGAAGAACCUUUUGACUCCAGUUCAAAGAGUGAGCCGUUCAUCGCCCUUUUUUCCUCAUUCAAUCGAGUUACUUUCAGAAGACUAAGACUAACAAUCCAAAUGACAGCCUUGUGAGCUUAUUACUAACUUUUUCUUCCAAAAACCUACCUCCCCCCCCCUAACUGUUGUUUUCCAGUACGACACUCCGGGAUGUCCCACUCUUCCGCACCGUCUCGUCGCUCUCUGCGACAUCUCCGCCGACCCGGGAGGUUCUGUCGAGUUUAUGCGGGAGUGCACGACGAUCGACAAGCCGUUCGCGAUCUACGACGCCGACUUCAACACCAGCUCCGAUUCGUUCGACGCCAUCAACGGCUGUCUCGUGUGCUCGAUCGAUAAUAUGCCGGCGCAGAUGCCGAUCGAGGCAACCGAACAGUUUGGAAACCUUUUGUAUCCGUGGCUGUGGGAUCUGCUCAACACGUCCAACGAUCAGCACUUUGAACGUCUUCAGUGCCGACCGGAGAUUAAGAAUGCGAUUAUCACGGAUCAGGGCAAACUGACGCCCAACUUUGAAUACAUUCAACAGUUGAGGAAGGAUAAGGCCGCGUAAGUGAGAUUGAUUGACUUGAUGUCGUCUUUUCUUUUGUCUUUUGUCUUUCUGUCACCAGUUCACGUUGUAACCUCUCUCUCACUUCGAUUCCUUCAUUUUCAGUGCUUCCUCUGCCAAUUCUCGUGUGAUGGGAGGAACCACGGACAAACGAGUGCUUUUGCUCGGCGCCGGAAUGGUUUCCGGACCGUUUGCCGACUUUUAUUCGAAACAAAAGAACGUGCAUUUGACGGUGGCGACUGAAUCGCAACGCGACGGACAACGACUGUGCCAAUCGCCGAACAUUCAGUCGGUUGUGGUGGACGUUGCCCGGGAGAGUCACACAAUGGAACGACUGAUCCGAGAGCACGAUCUUGUCGUCUCCCUGCUCCCGUUCAAUUUCCACCCACUCGUCGCCAAAAUGUGCAUCUCGAAUCAGAGAGACAUGGUCACUUCGAGCUACGUCUCAUCCGAAUUGGAGGCGCUUGACAAGGCGUAAGUGUUGCUAUGCAUCACGGUCUCCCAGGGCGCUAAUGCUAAACACAGUGCGCUCGUAAAUUGCGGAGUGUCGUUGUAACUUUUGAACAUUUGCAGGUCUGAAAAUGCAGUUCAAUUCGAGUUUACGACCUUUAUUUCUUUCUUUUUUACUUGAAAAACGUCUAGAAAACAAUAUUUUAUUGAUUGCAAACCGUUCUUUACAGAAUUUAGAGUUUUUCAAGUUUUUAGCGUCUUUCUCGCAUUUCGUCAAAACUUUAAACCUUUAUAUUUCAGCUCAUUUUGCAUUUCAUGAGCCCAACAAACAAUAAAAAUGUUUGCUGAAUCUUUCUUUACAAAAUUCAGGUUUCGGCGAUUGGUUUUCUUGAGCAGUUUUCAAAAACUAUUCGAAAAACAUCAAAACCCAGGUCAAAACCUUCAAAUCAAAAUAACUCGGCUAAUUCUCAUCGAUAUGCGAGAUUUCUGUUACCAAAACCUAGCUAGUGCUCUAAUUAUUCGAAUCCAGGUUCCAGGCGCACAAAAAAAUAAGUGUAUUGUGCAGAAAACAUGGAAAGAACGCGAACUCCCGUUGAAAAUGAAUUAAUCGGCCGCCGCGUAAAUCGACACAGCCCGCCUGUUGCAAGUGCGCCCCAUUGAAAUCAUUCGCGCCCUGGGAGACCGUGAUAUGCUGCUUUUGCAGAGAUCAUUUCCAAGUUUUCAGCGCCAAAGACGCCGACGUGACGAUCAUGAACGAGGCGGGCCUGGAUCCGGGAAUCGACCACAUGCUCGCGAUGGAGUGCUUCGACGACAUCAAGGAGCACGGCGGCCGCAUCACCUCGUUCGAGUCGUUCUGCGGAGGUCUGCCGGCGCCCGAGUGGUCAGACAACCCGCUGCGCUACAAGUUCUCGUGGUCGCCGAAAGGAGUGCUGACCGCGCUGAUGAACCCGGCCAAGUACCUGAAGAACGGAAAGAUUGUCGAGGUUCCGUCGGGAUCGGUCGUCGACAACCUCGUCAACAUUGAUUUCAUGCCCGGCCUCAAUCUGAUUGGUUUUCCGAACCGCGACUCGACCAAGUACGCGGAGGUGUACGGACUCGGCAAUGACUGCCACACGAUUCUGCGCGGAACUCUGAGGUAUCACGGAUUCGUCGAGACUGUGAAGGCGCUCCACUCGGUCGGACUCCUUUCCGGCAACCCGACCGACUCGUUCACCUCGACCGUCGGACCCGAUCUGACGUGGAAGGAGUUGGUCGCCUCGUUGUCCAAUCAGAAGUUGGACAUCUUUCCGGACUCGCUGAGACACAUUAUUGAGGAGAAGGUUGGCACCAAGGUAGAAUACAAAUCUGAUUAAUCCGUCACACUACUCGACUGUUUUUUAGGGACUAAAUGCUCUCGAAGAUCUCGGGCUGUUCUCUGACAAAGUUGUCGACCGCCACGGCACUCCGAUCGACACUCUCGCCCAGUACCUGGCCAAGAUCCUCGCGUUCAAAGAGCACGAAUCGGAUCUCGUCGUGCUGAACCAUGACAUUGGGGCGCAGUUGCCCGGCGGAAACGCGGAGAAGCAUCGGAUCAGUCUGGUGCAGUACGGAAACCCGAACGGCUUCUCGGCGAUGGCACGCACCGUCGGAUACACGACUGCGAUCGUCUCGCACAUGGUCCUCAACAAUGAGAUUCAGAGGGCCGGCAUCCAAAGACCGAUUCUGAAGGAAGUGUACCGUCCGGCUCUGAAGCGACUCCGCGACUUUGGAAUCAUUCCGACGCACACGGUCACUCCGAUGUAG